AUGGACUUGUAUUAUUCUCCCUUGGAGGACGAAACGCUCACUGAUCCCACAGCAAUGUUUGCAGAAGUCUCUUUUCUGCUCCUCCUUGCAGGUGGAUCAACUUUAAAGUUGCAGCAACAACCUGAUGAUCAACCAGAAUCAGCUCAAAGCUUUCCAAACAUGCCAGGUGGAAAUUUCUCUGAACCAGAAGAUCCUGAUUAUCCUGACAAUUCUUUGCAAAUACUUCAAAUGCCCAAUAUAAUAAAUAUGUCUUACAUGGAGUAUCCAAUUCCUGAACAUUUUCCUCUGAUCUUUGAACAGAUUCGAGAAAACGAACUGGACAUUUCAGAAGAAUGCAGUUUUCAGGCUAUUUUAAACCACCUGAAUCUGACCAAAAACAGUGAUACGUUCGCUGUGAGUCGACCCGUUAAACACCACAACCGUUUAACGUGGGUUCUGCUGGAGAUGAAAAUCUACGCCAUCCUCGAUGUGAGAGAAACUGACCAGACUUUCAUUUCAUACAUUUGGGUUUAUUUGAGAUGGGACAAUGAGCACAUCUGGUGGGAUCCAGAUAAGUUUUGUGGAAUUGAUCAUAUUUUAGUUCCCACGCAGCUUUUGUGGAUGCCAGAUGUGACUAUUGAAGAAAUGACAGAACAAGACAAAGCCUCUCCGAGUCCUUAUCUCAACAUACGAAACUAUGGAUGGGUGGAAUUUAGAAAUGAUCAGGUGGUGAUCAGCUCAUGCAAGAUGCGUGUUUACAAAUUCCCCUUCGAUGUUCAGAGCUGCAACAUCUCCUUCAAAUCAAUCAUGCACUCAGAUGAUGAAAUAACAUUAUUCUACAAUAAGAACAAUACAAUGAUCACCGAGUGGUCCCGUGAAACUAUGCAGACGCAGUACGAGUGGCUGUUUGUCAGCAUGUCGGUCACAAGCAAAACUGUGAAACAUUUUGGCUUCAACCAGACAACGAUUGUUUACACUGUAAACAUGCAGAGAAGGUCUGUCCUCUAUAUUGCAAACUUCCUGCUGCCCGUCCUUUUCUUCUUGUGUCUGGACUUCGCCUCCCUCCUGAUGUCAGACACCGGCGGCGAAAAGAUUGGCUUCAAAAUCACCGUGCUGCUCGCCGUCACCGUGAUGCAGCUAAUUCUCAACGACAUUCUUCCCAGUUCCUCAGACAAGAUUCCACUAAUAGCUGUUUACUGUAUGGGGAUAUUUGGUCUCAUGCUGAUCAGCCUCUUGGAGACGAUUUUGGUGAUUCAUCUAAUUGAUAAAGAUGCAUCAUCUCAAGACAACGAAACAACCGAGAACCGAAAACUGAACGAGAGUCAAGAGAACAACAGCUUCCACUGCUGCUUUUUGGGGAUAAAGAAAAUGAGCCUCUGUGCAUCUUCCAAUAAUACACCAGCUGAUGGAGCACCGUCAGUAUAUAAAGAGGUUAGCAGCGGCCACCACACUGAAGUGUCUCUUGCUCUAGAAAAGCUUUCAGAUGAGAUUGGAGAGAUUAAGAAAACGCUCACGCUGCUCAGCUGCAGAAACAAAAAUGAGAAACCUGGCUACUGGACCCGAGUGGCUCAGAAAAUCAACAAAGUUUUUGCAGGUUUUUAUGUCGUAUCAACCAUUGCGUUUUUACUGACCAUCUUUACAAUGUGGUAUUCUGCAGAUGACUAA